AUGUCGCACGCCCAGGAUGGUGCCACAACUCCCCCAGGUCUCUAUGAGGAAAGUGAGGCCAUGCAACUGGAGCCUGAAUUUCAUGAUCAUCUAUUUCUAAUAAGUGACCGUGAUCCUCAAUGCAACCUCCACUGCUCCAGGACUCAAGCUAAACCCAUCUGCGCCUCUGAUGGCAGGUCCUAUGAGUCCAUGUGUGAGUUCCAGAGAGCCAAGUGUCGGGACCCAGCCCUGGGUGUGGUCCAUCGAGGUAGAUGCAAAGAUGCUGGCCAGAGCAAGUGUCGCCUGGAGAGGGCUCAGGCCUUGGAACAGGCCAAGAAGCCUCAGGAGGCUGUGUUUGUCCCGGAGUGUGGCGAGGACGGUUCCUUUACACAGGUGCAGUGCCAUACUUACACGGGGUACUGCUGGUGUGUCACCCCAGAUGGGAAGCCCAUAAGUGGCUCUUCUGUGCAGAAUAAAACUCCUGUAUGUUCAGGUCCAGUCACUGACAAGCCCUUGAGCCAGGGUAAUUCAGGAAGGAAAGAUGACGGCUCUAAGCCCACACCCACGAUGGAGACGCAGCCCGUAUUCGACGGAGAUGAAAUCACAGCUCCAACCCUAUGGAUUAAGCACUUGGUAAUCAAAGACUCCAAAUUGAAUAACACCAAUGUAAGAAAUUCAGAGAAAGUCCAUUCUUGUGACCAGGAGAGGCAAAGUGCCCUGGAAGAGGCCCGGCAGAACCCCCGUGAGGGCAUUGUGAUCCCUGAGUGUGCCCCAGGUGGGCUCUAUAAACCUGUGCAGUGUCACCAGUCCACAGGUUACUGCUGGUGUGUCCUAGUGGACACAGGGCGCCCGUUGCCCGGGACUUCCACACGCUAUGUGAUGCCAAGUUGUGAGAGUGAUGCCAGAGCCAAGAGUGCUGAGGUGGAUGACCCUUUCAAGGACAGGGAGUUGCCAGGCUGUCCUGAAGGGAAGAAGAUGGAAUUUAUUACCAGCCUGCUGGAUGCCCUCACCACAGACAUGGUUCAGGCCAUUAACUCAGCAGCGCCCACUGGAGGUGGGAGGUUCUCAGAGCCAGAUCCCAGCCAUACCCUGGAGGAGCGGGUGGCACACUGGUACUUCAGCCAGCUGGAUAGCAACAACAGUGAUGACAUUAACAAGCGGGAGAUGAAGCCCUUCAAGCGCUAUGUAAAGAAGAAAGCCAAGCCCAAGAAAUGUGCCCGGCGUUUCACCGACUACUGUGACCUGAACAAGGACAAGGUCAUCUCACUGCCUGAGCUGAAGGGCUGCUUGGGUGUUAGCAAAGAAGGUGGUAGCCUUGGCAGCUUCCCCCAAGGAAAACGAGCAGGCACAAACCCAUUCAGUAAGUCGCUUUCUUUCCGGCCCUUCCCUUUCUCCUCUAUGCUGAAGCUGUGGUUGCACAGCAGUGAAGCAGUUGGCCAGAUCACUUAA